AUGCUUAGCCGUCCUGCACUAUGUUUUUCAGAGGAUGCCUAUAAAACUCAAGUCCGAAUUGAUGACGAACCAGCUUAUUUGGACAUUCUAGACACUGCUGGACAGGCAGAAUUCACAGCCAUGAGGGAUCAAUACAUGCGAGGUGGAGAAGGCUUCAUUAUCUGCUAUUCCAUCACAGACCGCCAAUCCUUUCAAGAAGCUGCUGAGUUUAAGGAACUCAUUUAUCGUGUCCGGCACACCUAUGACAUCCCCUUGGUGCUGGUGGGAAACAAAAUAGAUCUUGAAGAAUUCAGACAGGUAAACAACUUCUCUGCUGUUUUUGGCUUGGUUUUCCUUGGCUACCUCACGGAUUUCUGUAGCAUAUGUUGUACAGUACUACUGAGAAUUAUUAGCACAAGAUGGGGUUUAAUCAAAGAGCAACACACUGGGAUUGUUAAGAAAUUAAGAACUUAA